UCACACGAACAACUUUAAAGGCAUUUCUACCAAGGGAAUACCUCAGCUAUGUUUAACACUGAAAAUAUUCUUAUAAACAAUUGCAAAACUUAUUUCGAUCUGACAUUACGCAAGACUGCACUUUUCAUCGCAUUUGUUUGUCAAUGAUCGUGGAUCAUCAAGAUGGCAGGACGGAAUAAAGUGUUGCUGGCCGUGAUUGCUGCUAUCGUACUCUGUCUGACGCUUGAACCCAUACCGCCGGAGCUAGACAGCCCUUGGCAGUUGAAGAUGGCCUCCAGAGUAGUUGAUUAUGGACUCUUCUACAGUGAAGUCGUGCACAACCUCGUUCCUGCCCUGCCAGCCCGUCUAGCGUUGUGGAUAGAAAAAUGCAUCUACUCUGUGAUCCCUCUCGUGGCCGUGAAUGUAACGACUACGGACGCCGUGUUCGAUGGAGUACGAGUGCGCAUCUUCGACUAUGACUUCAAAGGCGCCACCAGAACAUCUGGGGAGCCGACGCUUCGCCCAGCGAUUGUCUUCUUCCAUGGGAGUGGCUUCAUGAUGAUCAAUUUGGGUAACUUUGGUGAUUUAAAUGGAAGUGGGCACAUAUUGCAGGUUGCAUUUCAGCAUAAUGCAGCAUCAUGAAAAUAUUACAUUUGAGCUGAACACAAGAAGUCAUGUUUUUCAAGUCAAGUUUCAUCCAUAAGAAAAAGUUUGUUAUACACUUUGACCUCUAUUAAGUGUCCAAGGACUUUACCUUGGGCAAAGUAAUGUUGGUCUUGUUUUCCUAUAUUUGAUAAUGGUUACACCAGGGGUAAAACUUGUGAAAUGCAGCAAACUUUCAGGAGGCAACAACACGUGACUUCAUAUUGCUACUUUGUUUUGAUACUUUCUUACUCUAAUACUUGCAUAGUUCUGAAUGCUUCAAAGAAUAUUAAUCUCUUGAUUAAAUUCAACUAAAAUUAGAAGACGAAUCUUUUCCCUUCGUUUGUAGGUGUGAAACAAAAAUUGAUAGCUUCCUCUAUUAUGCUCUGUCAGAUUCCUACCACAGUCAGACUGCGCAUAUAGCAAAAAAAUUCCACGUGAUGCUGAUAUCUGUUGAGUAAGUGUUAAAGGAGAUUUUUAAAAAGAGAAACAAAUCAGAUUCUAAACUUACUUUUGAUUUCCCACCACGUCCAUCUCCUUUAAUUUACAUAUCGGAGGCAUUGAUCUAUUUGCAAUAGCUAAAACAAAUUACAGAAGGUUAAUUCAUUUUAUCAUUUGUACCGAACAGAUAUCGUCUGGCACCCAAACACCGCUUCCCUGCCGCCAUCGAUGACUGCACAGUGGCUACCAUAUGGUUCAUGCAGCGCGCCCUUGCCUUCAACGUUGAUCCCACCAGAGUUGCAGUCAUGGGCGAUAGCGCCGGGGGCAACCUGGCGGCCGCCGUGGCGCAGCGAUUGACCUUUGACCAAAAGUACGAGAGCCUACCAAGGUUGAAGCUCCAGAUUCUCAUCUACCCGAUGCUUCAGGCGUUCGACUUCCAGACUCCGUCCUACCAGCAGAACGGAGAUUACACCAGCGUAAUCAUGAACAGGCGAUACACGGUCAUGGCGGCCGACAACUAUAUGAACGGUAACUCCAGCCUGGACUUCAAAAUGAGGACAAACCUACACACCUCGCGAAGCGCCAAAGCCUCUCCUUUGGUGAGGAAAUGCUUGUCGCACGAUCUCAUCCCGGACGAGUUCAAACAGACGAGCUACGAGUCACCCUCAACCGACUUCGGGGAUGAAGGCAUCUACAGGGAGAUCAAAGACGUUCUCUUGGAUCCAGACUACGCUCCUCUCAUGCGAGAAGACCUAACAGGACUCCCAGAGGCGUACAUCCUGACUGCCGAGUAUGACGUCUUGAGGGAUGACGGCAUCAUGUAUGCAAAACGACUGGAGAAGGCUGGAGUGCCGGUCACUUGGAAGCACUACCGGCGAGGCUUUCAUGGGAUGUUUGGCGCAUUAUUUGGCUCUCCGACUGAAAAACUCGGACAGUUGGAUUUCGCUGCAUUUUUAAAAAGGCGUCUUUGAACAACUAAAGUAGUCACAGUGCUUUCUGUCUGUAUAUUUAAUUUUCUUGUUUCAAAAUUGAAAAGUAGCUCCUGAACCAUUAAAUGUUUGGAGGGAGAAACGAGUUUCCUUUUAUGUCAACAACUUAACUAAAUGUACUGUCCCACAGUUUAAUAUAUUGUGUUGAUGACAUUUUAAACAGUAUAAACAUAGUUUCCAAGUCCAAUCUUCGUAAGCAUUCGCCUGAAAGGUGUUUUCUUCGAACACUGCAGACUGUGAAAACGGCCGGUUGACGGAAGUUGAAGCAGGCUUGAAGUGGGAGUUUUCGAUAUCUGCAGCAAAGAUUUAUCAAAAGACAUCCUAGAUGUUAUUACGAAUUCGAGGCUGAGUCCCGUGGUUAGCAAAAUGUCACGAACCAAUUUACCCUGAGACAAUUUCGUAAAUUCACGAACUCUAUUAAACGAACUCUGGUUUGUUGCAUCACAGAGGAACACAGCUAGCUCUAUGGUUGUAUCCACUAACGCAUUGUUAAGGCUGGUUCAUGCUUGAGGUGAAAGCGACAUUGGAGCAGAUUCGACGGCGCAAAACACUUGAAGCGAAAAUUUCUUUAGUUGAAAUGUGUUUAGCUUUGCGAAUUCAAAGCACCUAUAUUUGAUGCGACCUUAUAAUUUUGCGUUAGCGUUCAGUUUUGCGCCACGCGGACUUCAAAUUUUUCCUUCUUUGCUCUCGAUACAUGGCCGAUUAAUUAUUGUAAAAGUCCGCCCCCGGCCAAUCGCUCAGGCGUGGCGGUCCGUCCUCCAUCGAAGGAGGAAUUGGAGGCCGAAUCGGGGGCAGGAAAAAGGAACGGAGAGAGACAGGCGGACGACAGGAAUUACUGGAGCUUCACACUUGUAUGGGGAUUAGCCCAUUGCUUCAAACAAUACUCUCCAACCAAAAAAUACAGUCAUACACCGAGACUAAAUGCCACACUGAAAACACGAGUUGGUCAUCUUGCACCGAAAAUUCGUCAAUUUGAGAAAUAACAUUAGCCUUUUUAAGAACUAAUUUUUACAUUUAAAAACUGAUCAGAUGUCUUUUGACAAAUCGAUGUUUUUGAAAUACUAAUCUAUUUUUUUAGAUUCAAAUUUUGUUCAAACAAAUGUUGCUGUGAGACCAAUUAGUUUUGAUCAGAUUUACUUAUCAGCUUUGUCACUAAAUGUUUGAACGACGAAUUAAAAUGUGAGUGACAAAUUAGGUGACCGGUAAUUAAAUGCUAGAAUAUUAAUUCCAUGUGAUUAUCAAAAGCCGUUUCCAGCCGAACGAGUCUAUGUCCCUCCUUCUGAUAUUAAUGAAAUGGUCUGAUUGAGGUAGGUCUAAAAAUACAUUUUAACCGUUUAUCUUUUCUAACUUCAGCAUUAUUUGGUCUUAAUUGAACAUACUUUAUGAUUAAACUCGGUGUCGAGAUGUCGAAAAAUGCAUGCAUUUGAUGACGCACGUCAGUUCAAUGCUGUCCGAGUUCCAUGUACGGACUAGCCUAACGUGCCGUGAUCGUUUAGGUAGCGUACAGGGCUCGGUUGGGUGGUCUGCUCCGUAUCAAUUGCCGGUCACAGACUCGACUAUGCUGUUGCACUCGUAAACAUUUAUUUUAUGCAUAUGGAUGAAAAUUGGAUGCUUCAACGAAUGGAUAUACCUAUGCAGGCCGAGCAGACAUCCAAGACCGA